UCACUGGGGCGCGCCGCGGGUCCGGGCGCGAUGGCGGCGCUGGGCGGGGAUGGGCUUCGCCUGCUGUCGGUGUCGCGGCCGGAGCGGCAGCCCGAGUCGGCGGCUCUGGGCGGUCCAGGCCCCGGUUUGUGCUGCUGGGUGUCCGUGUUCUCUUGUCUCAGCCUCGCCUGCUCCUAUGUGGGCAGCCUCUACGUCUGGAAGAGCGAGCUGCCCAGGGACCAUCCUGCCGUCAUCAAGCGGCGCUUCACCAGUGUCCUGGUAGUGUCAAGUCUCUCGCCCCUCUGCGUGCUACUCUGGAGGGAACUUACAGGCAUCCAGCCAGGCACAUCCCUGCUCACCCUGAUGGGAUUCAGGCUGGAGGGCAUUUUUCCAGCAGCGCUGCUGCCCCUGCUGCUGACCAUGAUCCUUUUCCUGGGCCCACUGAUGCAGCUCUCUAUGGAUUGCUCCUGUGACCUGGCAGAUGGGUUGAAGGUUGUCCUAGCCCCUCGCUCCUGGGCCCGCUGCCUCACGGACAUGCGCUGGCUGCGGAACCAAGUGAUCGCCCCCCUGACAGAGGAGCUGGUGUUCCGGGCCUGCAUGCUGCCCAUGUUAGCACCGUGCACAGGCCUGGGCCCUGCUGUGUUCACCUGCCCACUUUUCUUUGGAGUUGCCCAUUUUCACCACAUUUUUGAGCAGCUUCGUUUCCGCCAGAGCAGUGUGGGGAGCAUCUUCUUGUCUGCAGCGUUCCAGUUCUCCUACACAGCUGUCUUCGGUGCCUACACUGCUUUCCUCUUCAUUCGCACAGGACACCUGAUUGGGCCGGUUCUCUGCCACUCCUUCUGCAAUUACAUGGGCUUUCCUGCCGUAUGUGCAGCCCUGGAGCAUCCGCAGAGGUGGCCCCUGCUGGCAGGCUAUGCCCUGGGUGUGGGACUCUUCCUGCUUCUGCUCCAGCCCCUCACGGACCCUAAGCUCUACGGCAGCCUUCCCCUUUGUGUGCUUUUGGAGCGGGCAGGGGACUCAGAGGCUCCCCUGUGCUCCUGACCCACGCUCCUGUACACACUCCUAUGAACUCUCAUGGGCUUUCCAGCCCCUCCCCAUCAAGGGGUACUGCAGGGGAGGAGCUGGCUGGGGUCCCCGAGAACUCAGGAAUUUUUGUAGGGGAUUGAAGCCAGAGCUAGUUGAAUCCCAGGGACCAAGAGAAAGGAGUAGAUAUCCAAAGGAUGUGGCCCCUCUUGAAAGGGGGUUGAGGAGCAGCCGGGAGUGAGGGGACAAGGGGCAGGUCCCAGGAGCCGUGCACUCCCUUCCUCACUUUGGACUGUUGCUUCUCUGAGCUGCUCUGUCCCCCCUGCCUCUGAAAAGCUGCUCGGGGGUGGAAUUUACAAAAACCCUCCCCCCACCUUCCCAGGGUUUUCUCAUUGUCUUUUUGCAUCAGGACUUUGUAUUGGGAUAUUAAAGAGAUUUAACUUGGGUAACAUGGCCUUGGACCUUUGGGAAUUAGUCUCUUUGGGGUUUUGGGAAUAUGCCCCCCACCUGGUCCUGGCUACCUUGAACACUAACCUCUAGGCAGGUAAGCCUGGUAGGCAUAGUUUCCUGAAGUGCCAGACAGGAUAGGAGCCUGUGGUUGCCCUGGGUCUGCAGCUUUCUCCUUCCUGAGCAAGGCCCCAAGUCCUAGCACAGGUGGGCCUGGGACUAGGUACCAGGUGUGGGCCCAGCUCAUCCUGGGGCCUGUGCCUAUCUACCAGGAUCAGAGUAGAACCCAGGGCCUUGACCCCAGUGACGGAGCCUCCAGCCUCUGAGAGGGUGGGGGAGUCCACUGUGGGCCUUCCACCAGGACCUCCCCGAAGUCUACCAGCCUCACAUUACACAAGAGGAAAUAAGUCGAAACUGGAAGCUCAGUCACCUGGGAGGCUUUUUUGGCUCUCUCCACUUCAGACCUCUGCCACCGUGCCAGUUGUUUGGUCCCUGGAGGAACCCAGAACAAAGGUCCAGCGAGCAUAAGCAACCCUGCCAAGCAACACUAACUCAGGGUUCUUUCUAGAACUUGGUAGUAUUUUACCUGCUCUUCCUCGUGUUUUUGGAAUGGUUCUUAUAGUCUCAUUCCGCUGCCCCUAGGACACCCCCCCCCCCCCGCUUUUUUUUUUAAACAUUCUUAAUGUUAUCCCUUUAGGUCCCAUUCCAGACUCAAGGAGGUUGUCCCAAGUCCCCUUCCCUGAGGCUGGUGGUCAAAGGAAAGGAAACCAAUGUGCAGUCACUCCCCAUAGCUCCCCCAGGUUGGCUGUGACUAAAGUAUAUCUGGAUCUAAAAGGGCAUUGUGACAGUCACAUACCUACCUCGCUGGAGAGCUUUCCUCUCCCCCAGCCUGUGUAGCAGCUGUCAGGGAAGCCAAGGAAUUGAGCACAGGCUGGUUUUAGAGGGUACAUUUGGGAUCUGGGAGUCCAGAGAGGCGGCGGCCCAGGACCAUACCAAAGGUUAGGUGUAGUACGCUGAGAGCAGUAGCUUGGCAGGGUGCUGGGAUAUACUUCCUGCCUGGUCCCCUGAGGGUCAGGGGGUCUGGGCUCUGUCCCUCCUCUGCCUUAUGCUCCUGCUCAGAAACUGCCCAGGGCCCCCCCUGCCUUUCUCUUUACUCACCAUCCUUACCUCCCCUGUGCAGUGGGCAGCAGUGCAGUGACACGGGCAGGGUUGCUGUCCCACCCCACAGGUGAGGGAACUGCAGGGCAGAAUUAGGAUUCUCCUGAGGGCUGUUUGGGGGGCAGGGGGUCGGGCAGGAUUAGAUCCUGGGACUCAGUCCAGUGCUCCUAACCUCCCACCAAAAUCCACACCCAGAGGUUCCCACACCCAAGGGUCUCGUCUGCCUCUAGAAAGUGGUGUCUGUUUGCAUCUAGUUCUGAAUAGGGUGGUGGGUUGGUCCCAGCUUAGAAAAUAAAGCAGUGUAGUUGAGAAGCAAGUCCACCAGCAGCCUGGGUUUGAACUCUCUCUGCCUCUUAACUAGCUGUCGGGUCCUGGACAAGUUAUUUAACCUGCCUAUGACUCCGUUUCUGUGUCUAUAAAAUGGGUGAAAGUGUUAAUAGGUGUUGAGUUAAUAGGGGUUAAGUGCUUGGAACAACCCCUUCCCCAGCCCAAGCUCUCAGUGACAACUAGCUAAUCCUGUUUGGGGUGUGUAUACAAUAGGCACUUAGUAGUGACUUAAAACCAGGGCCACUGUUGUCAUCCUCACUACCCUCCUAGGAGGAAGAUACAAUUGACCGCCCC